UCCCGGCUCACAGUUUGUCCCAGAUCCAUCCCGGGACAGAGGAGGAGCUACCGCUUAUUGCUACAAAACAGCAGGUUGAACCCCGAUUUAACAGGAGUUCAGCGGGACGCCAUGCUGUCGGACGCAGAUUACUCCGGGAACGGCUCCGGUGCUCGCCGAGCCAGGAAACGGAGCUCCGGUGAGUCCCCGGGGGACGGACAGACCCCGCGCUCCUCCGGGAGGCAGAGCACGACCCGGGUGAAGCGCAGCAACAACCCUCCACCUGGACAGAGUAAAAGGAAAGCUACGGAAACAGAGGAGGAAGAUGAGCAGGCUGAGAAGAAGUACAGGAAGUGUGAGAAGGCGGGAUGCUCGGCCAUCUACCCAGUUUGUUUUGCGAGUGCAUCAGACAGGUGUGCAAAAAAUGGAUACACUUCUCGCUGGUACCACCUGUCAUGUGGUGAACAUUUUUGCAACGAGUGCUUUGAUCACUACUAUAGAAGUCACAAGGACGGCUACGAGACGUUUGCUUCCUGGAGGAAGGUCUGGACGAGUAACGGGAAAAGCGAGCCGAGCCUUAAGGCCUUCAUGGCCGACCAGCAGCUGCCGUUCUGGGUUCAGUGCACCAAACCGGACUGCAGGAAGUGGCGUCAGCUGACCAAGGAGAUCCAGCUCAUCGCCUCCCUGGCAGCAGCAUACCGCUGCGGGAUGAAGGUCAACAACGUCAAGAUUGAAGGACCUGACCAGUGUUCCCAACCAGAGGACUUGAGGGUUGCAGAGGUGAGCGAGAGCUGGUGGCACUCCAUGCUGAUUCUGCCUCCGCUGCUAAAGGAAAGUCCGGCCGGCGCGUUCCUCUCGGCGUAUUAUCCCGACUGCGUGGGGAUGAGUCCGUCCGGCUCUCCCUGCAACGUCUCUGCGGCCGAGCUGCGGGCGGAGCCGUGCAGAGCCGUGCAGCCGCAGAUUCCAGGCCUCUGUCCGUACUUCCAGCCCUUCUACCAGCCCAACGAGUGCGGCAAGGCUCUGUGUGUGCGGCCCGACAUGAUGGAGCUGGACGAGCUCUACGAGUUUCCAGAGUUUUCCCGGGAUCCCACCAUGUACCUGGCCCUGAGGAACCUCAUCCUGGCCUCCUGGCACAAGAACUGCAAGGAGGUGCUAACGGCUGAGAAGUGUGCUCAGCACAUCAUCGUUCGUGGUUUGGUGCGCGUGUGCUGCGUUCAGGAGCUGGACCGGGUUCUCCACUUCAUGACCAGGAAGGGCCUGAUCAACACCGGCGUUCUGGCCGUGAAUCAGCCCCUGCUGCCUGAACGAUACCGCUCUAAGAAGGUGAUCGUCAUCGGCGCCGGCGCCGCAGGACUGGCUGCGGCCCGGCAGCUGCAGAACUUUGGCACACAGGUGGUUCUGCUCGAGGCCCGGGACAGAAUCGGCGGUCGGGUUUGGGACGACGGCUCUCUGGGCGUCACCGUCGGCCGCGGCGCUCAGAUCGUCAACGGCUGCGUGAACAACCCCAUCGCUCUGAUGUGUGAACAGAUGGGCAUCAGGAUGCACAAGCUGGGCGAGCGCUGCGACCUCUUCCAGGAGGGCGGGCGAGCCACCGACCCGGCCAUCGACAAGCGCAUGGACUUCCACUUCAACGCCAUCCUGGACGUGGUUUCAGACUGGAGGAAUGACAAGUCGCAGAGCCAGGACGCACCACUAGGAGAAAAGGUUCAGGAGAUAAAGAAGAACUUCCUGCAGGAGUCUGGGAUGCAGUUCAGUGAUUUGGAGGAGAAAGUUCUUCAGUUUCAUCUCAGCAACCUGGAGUUCGCCUGUGGAAGCACGUUAGACCAGGUAUCGGCCCGAUUCUGGGACCACAAUGAGUUUUUCGCCCAGUUCUCAGGAGAUCACACUCUACUAACGAAGGGUUACUCAGUUUUACUCCACAAACUGGCUGAAGGCCUCGACAUCCGCACCAACUGUCCGGUCCAGGCCAUCGACUACUCAGCUGACGCUGUCAAAGUGACCUCCUCUAACGGGUCCCAGUGGACGGCCCAGAAGGUCCUCGUUACGGUCCCGCUGACUCUGCUUCAGAAGAACGCCAUCCGCUUCAACCCGCCACUUCCUGAACGGAAGCUGAAGGCGAUCCACAGUCUGGGAGCGGGAAUCAUAGAAAAGAUUGCUCUUCAGUUUCCAAACCGGUUCUGGGACUCAAAGAUCCAAGGAGCGGAUUAUUUUGGUCACAUCCCGCCGUGUCCAGAGAAGAGAGGCAUGUUCAGUGUCUUCUACGACCUCGAUCCACAGGGGAAACAGGCUGUGCUGAUGUCCAUCAUGUCUGGCGACGCCGUUUCUGCUGUCAGGGACCUGGAGGACUCAGAGGUGGUCGACGAAUGCCUGAAGGUCCUGCGAGAACUUUUCACAGAGCAGGAAGUUCCGGAUCCUCUGAAUUAUUUUGUGACGCGUUGGAGCAAAGAUGUGUGGUCCCAGAUGUCAUACAGCUUUGUGAAGACAGGGGGCAGCGGAGAGGCCUACGACAUCCUGGCAGAAGACGUGCAGGGAAAAGUUUUCUUUGCAGGCGAGGCCACAAACCGACACUUCCCUCAGACGGUGACCGGAGCCUACCUCAGCGGCGUCAGAGAGGCCAGCAAGAUGGCCGCCGUGUGACCGGACCGCCACGCCGCUCUCUGAAGCACCAGCACCAACUCAAACCCCGUACUCACUGUGACGGCCGUCUCUGCCGCUGGCUCCGGUUCCGGUUCCGGUCCGGAUCUGCAGCUCAUUUCCACCAGCGAAAGGCUGUUUAUUUAUGUCAUUUGAUGCAAACUGCAGCUCUGUGUAGAUUCAUCAGAAACACGAUGAACAAUGAUACUGAGAUGUGGAUGAACUCUCAGGCGACCCUUCAUCACUGAACACAUUAUUCAAAGUUUUCCACUUGUAGAGAUUUAUGAUCUGUAGUUUUUCUGGUCGAUGUUUUAUGAUGAGUUGUUGAUUUAGUCUGAGUGAUUCUUCUGCAGCACUUUUGAUUUAAAACAGUAAGUUUCUUACCAAGUGGACCUCAGCAUUCAGAAUACAAGAGACUCUUCUGUUUCUUUCUCAGGGAUCUUAUCAGGAAGUGCUGACCCUAAAACAUCGGACGGUUUUUGAUAUGUGGGCAUAAAAACGAUGGAAAUCCUUCCUGAAAAGUGACGAUCCUGAGAUUUGGAGAAGUUCCUCACUUUCUCUCGAUUAACUGUGACUAACGAGGAUUCGUGUGACUUCAUGUCCUGUUUGUCUUGUUUGUGUAAUAAACCGAGCUACAAACUGCCACAAAGAUCA